CCAUUAUUUAGCUAUAUCUAAUAAGUUUAAAGAUCUGGAUCUAUAGAAAUAACUACCAGGCAGACGCGAACAAGGAAUUUGACGUCAGUGAGUUUGCGUGAACUUUAAACAGCACGACCCAGGGAGCGAAAUCGCAUGCAGCACAUGUGGGCAUCAUUUGAUGGGGGGUAAAACCGAGAGCCCAGCUCUCUUAUAAUCUUAUUAUAUAUUGAUUGAACAGGAAGAAAGAAACGGGGAAACCUCUAACACUUCUGUUCAUUCUUGGCACACGUGAGCUGCGGGAUCUUGCGUUAAAGGUCUUCAUUACGGGUUUUAAGAAAACUGAAUAAAUGCAAGGCGAGAGUCAAGGGCUGCCAAUUUCAGACGUUAACGGGGCGCUAUGAACUGGGACAAGAUAAACGGGGCUCGGGCUCGUCUAAGAAAUAUGGCUCCUAAUUUUCUGAAAAACGGAAGAAGGCAAGAGCAGGCAUCUCAGUCAGGUCUACCGGCACCCACAGCGAAGCCGGACGCCCCCUUGGAGAGGUCUGCUCCUGAGACAUACUUUCAGAGUGGGCAUUUCUUUGAGUACUUGGUGGUGGUGAGCCUCCGGAAGAGUGGGGGGUCUGCCUACAGCCCAGAGAUCACCUACCAGUUCCCCAAGCGUGAUGGCUUGGUGAAGUUCCAGAAGGAGGAAGAGGAGAAGACUCUGAAGGCCAUCACUCUGUUCUGCUUCCCCGAAGGGGUCAAGUGGGCACCGCUGACAGAAUACCAUAGUGAGACCUUCUCCUUUGUUCUGACGGAGCUGGAUGGCAGCAGGAGGAAUGGAUACUGUCGCAGGCUACUGCCCAAUGGCAAAGGUGCCCGUCCCCCGGAAGCGUAUUGCAUCAUCAGCCGUUUGGCCUGUUUUGGACUCUUCUCCAAGAUCUUUGACGAGGUGGAGAAGCGACGGCAGAAAUCCAUGGCCAUGAUCUACCCCUUCAUGCAGAGCUUGCGGGAAGCACAGUUUCCGGCGCCGGGACAGACAGUGAGGAUCAAGAGCUUCAUCCCUGAGUCUGGCACAGAGGAGAUCGCACUGACACGGCCUCUGGACUCGUGGCUGGAGCACGUGGACUUCCGCACACUGUUCCGCUGCCUGAGUGAUGAGCAGGUCCUGCUGGUGUUUGCCUCCACUGUACUGGAGAGACGCAUCAUCUUUGUGGCAGAGGAGCUCAGCACGCUGUCCCAGGCCAUCCAUGCUGUAGCGGCCCUGCUGUACCCCUUCAGCUGGCAGCAUACCUUCAUCUCUAUCGUCCCAGAGAUCCUCAUCGACGUUGUCAUGGCCCCCACGCCCUACCUGCUUGGUGUGCAGAAGUGCAUGCUGGAUCUCGUCUCAGACCAGAACGACCUGCUGCUGGUGGACUUGUCCGAGGGAUCUCCGGAGACGUUAAUUUCCAGCAACGAGGACGAGCAGGACAUCCUACCUCCAAAGCUACGGGAUGAGAUUAUGGAGGCCUUAAGCCAUAGGAGGAACGAUUCGACGCUGGAGGAGCUGAAUGGCGUGGUGUCCAGUGCCUUCCUGCUCUUUUUCGUGAAGACAGUCGGCCACUUCGGCAAGUUCAUCAGGCGUCCUAGGAACGGCCAGCCGGCGACCUUUGACAGGCAGGGCUUCUGCAGGGGGGUGGAUUCACGCAGCACCCGCACAUUCGUCGAAAGGUUUGUCAAGACGCAGAUGUUCGACUUGUUCAUCCAGAACGUGGAGCGGCAGCCAGCCUCGCAGGAAGGAUUUUUCCACAAAAAGGUGGCUGAAUAUCAGGAAAGCAGAAAGAAAGAAAAGAUGAAAAAAUGAGAAUUAAACUGGAACUUUUCCACCCGUCUUAAGUAUCCAUGUUCUGUAAAUAAUGUACUGUUUUUAAAUAGUAAAAUGCCACAGUUUCAGUGUUUGGUGGGUAGUUUUGAUGCUCUGCAGCUACCCUGAUCUAUUUUUAUACUUGAGGAUGUAUUCAGUUACAAAUAAAGUUGAUAUUGUUUUGCUUUA